AUGCGCAUCCAAGGUGUCUCUAUUCUCCUCCUGAGCCCCUUUGCGGCCGUUGCUCGCGCAGCACAGGACAGCGACUUGAACUUCAAGGCGACCUUUGGCAAGACGCCAGCCCCAUUUCAGAUUGACGUCGAUGAGGAAUUCAUCGCACAGACCAAAUUACGCGUGGGCUUGACACGCCUGCCCAUGCCCAUUGAUCAGCCCGAUCACACAGAAGGACCUGCACUGGAGGAUGCCAUAUCUAUGAGCCUGACUGCCGCUAGGUUUGAGCAGUAUACAACUACUGUCGACAUUGCCAAGGUCUCGCAGUACAAGGAGUCUGUGCCUUUGCACUUUGUUCACCAUGUAUCGCCUCGCCAGGAUGCGAUCCCCUUGCUCUUCAUUCACGGAUGGCCAGGGUCCUUUCUCGAAGUUGGCCCUCUGAUCAACUACCUGACUCACCCUCCCCGCGAUGAUUUGCCAGCUUUCCACGUGGUCGCGCCCUCGAUCCCUGGCUUUGCCUUUUCCCCAGCGCCCACCCACCCGGAUUUUGGCUACGUCGAGGCUGCUCAUGCUUUUGAACAGCUCAUGCGACAGCUGGGGUACCGGAGGUACGUUAUGCAGGGCGGUGAUGCUGGAGGCAUCAUCAUGCGUUACCAGGCCAAUCUGUAUUCCGAAUCAGUCGUGUCGGGGCUCAACAGCUUUUGGACGGUAUCCCCCUCCGAGGAGGAUCGACAACGUCACGAGCUUGGUGAAACCUCGGAGGACGAGGCUUCGUUCAUCAGGUUGCAUGACUGGUUCAUCGGUGAGCAUUGGGGAUAUGGUCAGAUCCAGCAGACCAGGCCACUUCGUCUGGGCUUUGCAAUCACCGAUAGCCCCAUCGGUCUCGCCAUGUGGAUGUAUGAUACCAUGCGGCCGGCAGUCGAGAAUGUCGAGGUCUGGACACCCCAAGAGAUCAUCACGUGGACCAUGAUGCACUGGAUACAGGGCCCGUACGGCGCCCUGAGAAUCUACAAGGAGGGCGCUGCGACGGGCGCCUUCAAUGCCACCGGUUUCCAAAGCCUGCCUUACGUGAAGCAGCCCAUUGGAAUUUCGGAGUUUCCCAAGGACAUCUUUUACCGCACUCCCCUCGAGUGGGCGCAGCGCACGGGGAAUGUCAAGGCCCGCUAUCACCAUGACAACGGCGGCCACUUCGCGUCGUGGGAGAGCCCAGAGGCGUUGGCAGAGGACAUUUGGGCCUUCUUUGGCGACGAGGAGCUGUCCGAUGUCGGGAGGAUACGCCAAGGCUCCUUGGACCUGUUUGCUGAGUUCAACAGCCCUACGAGCGGUCAGGAGCAGUCGGAGCAGCAGAAACAGAACCCAGACAAUAGCUCCCACUUCUUGCAUCAGACGCAGGCUUGGGGCAAUCUUCCUACCCAGAGAGGCACCGGAUGGGGGGCCGCUCCGGCUGCGCAGUCGAGCGCCCAGCCUGCAGCUGCAGAAGACGACGAUGAUGGUUGGGGUGACUUUGAGACGGCAGACAGCAGCGUGGAUCAGUCUUCAGCAACGCAGCUUGCCGGGUUGGGGGCCUCACCGGUAUCGUCACAGUUCAGCGGAUCGAGAACUCGGGCGCAGGCUGUCCCGACGACUUCACAAGCAGAUCCUUGGGAAGCAUUUGAGGAGCCGUCCCAUUCGACAAGUCAAAGUACGCAACACCGUACAUUAGAAAAUGCACCCAAUAGAGCCCCCUUGAAAAGCAUUGGCGGGCCUCGACUUAUCCGCGCCGACACCCUGGACAUUAUCAACAACAGCCUUGUUGACGUUGGCAAGCAUGGAAAAGCCAAGGAUACGAAACCGAAGCUCAAACAGCCCUCUAACCCGAAUGUCAUGUUCGAUGCCGAGGACUUUGAGCUGGAAGGUGGCGACGAGGAUGACGAUGAGGAUGAUUUUGAUGAGGACGACGACUUUGGCGAUUUCGAGACUGUCCCGACCACGCAGCCCAAGACGGCGCCAGUUCUCGUCGAGUCGAGGCCCAAGGCUCCUGCGCCGCAGGUCUCACAGCCAGCCUCGAUGGAUCUAUUAUCGCUGGACGAUCCACCGUCGUACGCAGAGGCGACGCCAGUAAAGCCAUCUACGCCACAUGGUUUCGGUGCAACAGCAAAAGCUCAGACACAAGAGAAGGCGAAAUCACAGAAACCAUUGGCAGCGAAUAAGCCAAGCAGACUGAAAGAGGCAACGUUUGUUGAUGAUGACGAUGACCAGUGGAACGCGUGGGACGACUUUGAAUCCAAACCAGCUCCUAGCAGUGUGAAACCGACAGCCGCGCCUGCCACUGACACCUGGGAAUGGGACUCCAAACCGUCGCCACAGCCAUCUCAGCCAGCAGCAGUAGACGACAACCAACCACCGCCGACGAACGUGCCGCCUCCUUCGGUCCUUCUGGCGGCCUUCCCUGGCCUCUUCAGAGCCGGCGAUGCUCUGUUCAAACCUACGGCAGGACAGACAGCGUCCAUCAAGGACCGUGUUCUCUCGGAUCCCAAGGCAGCAGACUUCCUGCGUGGGUACAUCAUGAUCGCCACGACAGCCGGACGUGUGAUUGCGGGGCGGAAGCACCGAUGGCACAGGGACAAGAUCUUGGCCAAGAGCAUGUCCAUCUCCGUCGCGGGGAGCAAGGGCAUGAAGCUCGCCGGCGUCGACAAGACGCAGAGCAUCAGGGAAGACCGCGACGCGGCCGACGUGGCGGCCGCAUGGCGCGAGUAUGUGGGGAGGCUACGAUCGGCCGUGGCGGCCACCAACAGCGCGGGCAAGACGUCGUCGCUCAGGGUCCCCGAGAUCAGCGAGAACAUGCAGGUCCAGACAGCCAAGCUCGUGCCCACGGCGUCCAAGCCAUGCGUCAUCUGCGGCCUCAAGAGGGAUGAACGGGUCGCCAAGGUGGACUAUGAUGUCGAGGACAGCUUUGGCGAGUGGUGGGUGGAGCACUGGGGUCACCGCGUGUGCAAGAACUUCUGGGUAGAACACGAGCAGGCCCUGCGGCAGAGGUGA